CCUUAACAGGGCCCAAUGUCUCCCACAGGAAAGGUACCACCAAGUCAGACGAGAAACUUUCUCCGGCAAUUAUUAGGCUACCACAUAUUUGUGCUGAUGUGUCCUAACGGACGCACGCGCAGCAGGGCGGAGUCGGUCCUCAUUGGCCAGCGGGAGCCGGGGGCGGGGCGUGCAGGAAGGCCCCCUUCGGGCGCGGGGCGCAGCCAGGGCUUCCGGGCCAUGGCGCCGAAGCAGGAUCGUGGCGGUGAGUCAGGGCCCGCGCCGUCGGUGCUGUUCCUGCACCCGGACCUGGGCGUCGGCGGCGCGGAGCGGCUGGUGCUGGACGCUGCGCUGGCGCUGCAGGCGCGUGGGUGUAGCGUGAAGAUCUGGACAGCACACUACGACCCGGGUCACUGCUUUGCCGAAAGCCGCGAGCUACCCGUGCGCUGCGCCGGAGACUGGCUGCCGCGCAGCCUGGGCUGGGGCGGCCGCGGCGCCGCGAUCUGCGCCUACGUGCGCAUGGUCUUCUUGGCCCUCUACGUGCUGUUCCUCGCAGAUGAGGAGUUCGACGUGGUGGUGUGCGACCAGGUGUCUGCCUGCAUCCCAGUGUUCAAGCUGGCCAGACGGCCUAAGAAGAUCCUGUUUUAUUGCCACUUCCCAGAUUUGCUACUUACCAGGAGAGAUUCUUUUCUUAAACGGCUAUACAGAGCCCCAAUUGACUGGAUAGAAGAAUACACCACAGGCAUGGCGGACUGCAUCUUGGUCAACAGCCAGUUCACGGCUGCCAUUUUUAAGGAAACCUUCAAGUCCUUAUCUCACAGAGACCCUGAUGUUCUCUACCCAUCUCUGCAUGUCACCAGCUUUGACUCAACUGUUCCUGAAAAACUUGAUAACCUAGUCCCCAAGGAAAAAGAAUUCCUGUUCCUCUCCAUUAACAGAUAUGAAAGGAAGAAAAAUCUGACUUUGGCACUACAAACCCUAGUACAGCUGCGUGCACGAUUAACAUCUCAAGAUUGGGAGAGGGUUCAUCUGAUCGUGGCCGGUGGUUAUGAUGAGAGAGUCCUGGAGAAUGUGGAACACUAUCAGGAAUUGAAGGAAAUGGUCCAGCAAUCUGACCUUGGUGGGUUUGUAACCUUCCUGAGGUCUUUCUCAGACAAACAAAAAAUUUCACUCCUCCACAACUGCACAUGUGUGCUUUACACACCAGUCAAUGAGCAUUUUGGCAUUGUCCCUGUGGAGGCUAUGUACAUGCAAUGCCCAGUCAUUGCUGUUAAUUCUGGUGGGCCCUUGGAGUCCGUCAUCCACAGUGUUACAGGGUUUCUGUGUGAGCCUGACCCAGUGCACUUCUCAGAGGCAAUAGAAAAGUUUAUCCGUGACCCUUCUUUAAAAACCACAAUGGGCCUGGCCGGAAGAGCCAGGGUGAAGGAGAAGUUUUCCUCUGAAGCAUUUACAGAACAGCUCUACCAGUAUGUCACCAAACUGCUGGUAUAAUCAAGGUCUUUAAGUUCUUCAUGCUACAAUUUUAAAAACAAAAAAAGAAGGAAAAAAUCCAGAAUUAGCACAGGACAGAUUUUUAAGAAAAUAAACUCAAGUCUUGAAUGUGAGCUCUUUUCCUGUAUGCCACAGAUCCCUGUCUCAGAAAAACAUGCUAUGUACAUGCAGUGCUUACUGCUCUUUAUCUUUCAUGCUAUCAUUCCAAGACUUACCAGUAUGAAAUUAUAAAAAUGGAACAAAUUCACCUCAGCAAAAUAUUGUAAUUAUGUUUUCUGUGAAUUAUUGUUUCUCUGCAUUGAAUUUUGAAUCAUAUUAUGCCUUAAUUGAUUUUGAUAGUUUAAGUGUAUCAUUAUCAAAGUUGAUUAAUUUGACUUUACAGCAUAUUGAGAACAGGGUUACUGUAGUGUUAGGAAAUUUUUGUUAGACCCUUGCCUAAUCCAUAGCAAGAGUACACUAUUUUUUGUUUUUAUUUUUUUACAAAGAUGAUAUUAUAUUUUUGCACACUGAGACAUGACAAUAAAAGAUGUUUAUCAAAAGAGGAGACAAAAUACUAGGUUUUGGCUUCCAUGAUGUUAGUAUUAUUAGAAAUAUAGAUAAGAACCAACCUGAAUUUAGAAAGCUGAGUAAACUGUAUGUUGACCUGAAGAGGGAACAUCGUCACACUUGCAACCUGCAUUUUGUUUAGGACCUGUUUCCUCAUGUUGUUUGAGUCACCAGUUUUGUCAAUGUUUGUUGUAUUAACUAGGUUCCUAUUAAGUAAGUCUAGUACACAAAUGUUCUUACCCUUCCAAGGCCAGCUGAAAUGCUACUGCUGUGAAGCUUACCUCCCAAACUGGAAGUGAUUUCCCUUCAUAUACUCUAGGACUCUAACCAGUCUUGGAGUUCAAUAUUCACCUGUUGGUCCAAGUAUAAAUAGUAAACAUAAAGCAAAAUGUUCAUUGUAUUUAAAGAUAGAUUUAUUUUUAAAAAACGAGUAAAUAUGACUAGUCAAAGGCUCCAUAUUAAUCAUCUCUUAAGAGCACAGACUUGAGAGCCUAACAGCCUAUAUGACCUAGGAAAAAUUUAUCUCUGCACCUCAGUUUCCUUAUCCGUGGCAAAUGGGAUAAUUGUCCUAUCAUACUUUCCUCAUAGGGUGGUUCUGACAGAUUUCAAUAACAUACAUAAAAUACCUAAUAGUUGGCAUAUAAUGUUAACUGCUGCUGUUUUGCAAUUGGGGGAUGUGGAAAUUAUUACAAGUUCGAUGUGGGUUGAUUCCACACUUCCAUAUUUUGGUGUUCUUUAAAGGUUAAAUUUUAGUUUAUGAUUCAUCAUGUGCAUCUGUAUUACAGGAGUAUUUUAACAGAACACCACCACCAAAAGGAAUUCUACAAAGUGAGGGUGCCAAAUACAAAAUUCCGUUGGAUUUCAUUUCCUUUGGCAUUGUGAAAGUUUGCCAUCCAGUAAAGUAGGUGAUCUCCAUUUUGUGGCUUGGUGUGUUGUGUUUCUGGGAACUGCAGUCUUUCCAGAAAAUCUGGUGACUGACCACUGGGUUUAGGAUGAACAGAAUUAGUGGCUGUUCACCCCGUCAAGCACUAAAUCUUAUGCUUAUUUAACCACUAUUUUAUGCAGAUCCUUCCAAAAUGGAGUAGAUGGGUUCAUAGGGCUUUAGUUUAGCUUGACUUCAUUACCCUCAGUUGCAGUGGUGACACUAGGCCUUCAGAGGUCUGAGAGGUCUGCAGAGCCUUGCCUGCCAUGAACUUCCAGCUUUUGACACAUUGGCUCCUGGCCGAUGCCAGCUGAGAAUGGACACAAGGAUUAUUACCACCAACCAUAAAAUCUGUAAGAACAAGUUCUAGUUAGAAUCAUUGUGGGCUGAAGUGACCCAGAGUUGCCUUGGACCUUUACCAUGAGCAGUGGGACCUUAGAAGUCUGAGGCAGUCCUGUCAGAUGUCAAGAGGUAGACUGGUGUGACUCUGGAAACUUCCCUUGGACCCCCUAAUAAAACUAGAGAGCAAGAGGGUUGUGCUGUCUUCCUCUCUGAGAGAACAUACUCUUUACCUUGAGAGUGUCCCUUGUUCCCUUUUCCUAUCCUUUCUAAUAAAUUCACUGCUACUCAGUGACAUGUCUGAAAUCUUUCUAGCAUGAUUGUUAAGAACCAGUAUCAGAGGAGCUCUGUGGCUGCCUCAGCUAUGCAAUAGAUCCUUGUUCUGUAAUGCCGUGUGCUUGCUCUGCAGUAUCCUUCCAGGUGAUUAUUAUAAACAUUUUUACAGGUGGGAAAUCUGAGACUUAAAACCUGGAGGCAAUAGAACAGUAGUUCAGGCCUAGGUCAGUGCAACUAUGGGUCAAGAGUUCUUUCAGUUGAACUAAGGACACCUCUUCCACAAAUGCUUCAACACCUGACCUACCCCAGGCACCCAUUUAUCUGCUAUUUUCUCCAUCUUAUUAAAGGAAAUGAGGUUCCCAUACACUACUGCCCCCUCUACUCAUCCAGUCAACCCUUCUGCCCACCUCUGCCAGAAUCACCAACUACCCUGUGACUUCCUUUCUUUGUAUUUCCAGCUCCCAAAAUCAAAGCCAGACAGAGCAUAUUGAGCCCGAUGAUCACCCAUCCAAAUUUGCUCUUGCACAGAUGAGUAACAGGCCCAGAAAGGGGAAGGGACCUGCCUGAGGGCACAGGACAGUUGCAGCCCUCCUCUAGCUUCUUUCUGCACCCCCUGCCAUCACGUCCACUUUUAUCACCGCCCCCAUUUCCUGCCACUUUGAACUUCCUCCUUUGUUCCCAACCUCAACCCUCUACAUCUUUGUUCUCUGUGUGGAUGCCUCUAUUCAGAUACUUGUGCUUGCUAACUCUGGGGUAGAGGCCUUUCCCAAUGACAGACCAGUUCCUGACUGUCCUUGGUUAAACAGUAGCUCGUGGGAGGGAAGAGAAGGAGGAGGAAUUUUACCUGCUGACUCCUGAGACAACAGGCUGCUGGAUCCAACAGCUAGGUCCCUGUCAAGAGGACUGGGGAUUAGAGGAGGGGCGGAGGCUUGCAGAAAGAGGCACCAGGCCAGACAUCUUUCAUUUGUCCUUUUAUUUUUUCUGAUACUCCACAAGUUAGUUUUCUAACUAUUAUUGAUAUUCAUAAAUUAGGAGGGACUUUUCCCAACAAAAAAGUAUGUCAGAGUAACUUGAAUGAACCUGAAGGACAUUAUAUUAAGUGAAAUAUGCCAACCACAGAAAGACACUCCAUGAUCUUUUAUAGGGAACCUAAAGAAGCGAACUUCAUAGAUGUAGAGUAGAAUAGUGAUGGCCAGGGGCUGCCGAGGAUAGUGAGGAGGAGCUGGUGGGCAGAUGGGUCAGUAGGCUCUGCGUGCAGACAGGAGGGGUAUGUUAUGGUGUGCUGUGGCACAGUAGGAUGACUAGGUGACAAUAUUGUAUUCCAAAAUAGCUAGAAGACAGGAUUUUGGUUAUUUCAUCACAAAGAAAUGAUCAAUAUAUGAGAUCAUGGAAAUGCUAAAUACCUUAUUUAAUUAUUACACAAUAUAUCCAUGUAUCAAAACCACACCAUAUGCCAUAAAUAUGUGCUGCUUAGAAAAGGGAAAUGUUUGGGAAGCUACUUGGAUAGCUCAAACAAUUAAAGCAAGAGUUGCACAGUUGAAGUAAAGAAAGUGAAGGGAUGUUGCUCUAGGCUUGAGAUUCAAAAGAAAUCAGGAAUUAAAAUGCCACCAGAACACCACUUCUUUAUAUAAUAUUUCACUGUAAACUAGUUUCCUCCUUAUGGCAGGAAAUGUGGCUAAGAUGUCCCUCUCACUGGUUCUUUUACCAGAGAGAAAAGACACCAGUGGAGGAUUAUGAUGGACCCUUCUUGGUUCAGGAAACUUCCCUAAAAUUAAUGAAGCGAGGUUGAGGGACAAGGUGCUCUUAGGGUUUGCCAGAUUCAUGUCAGCAACCUAACCUUGAGCCCAGCAACUGGGGCCCAGAUUCAGGGUUACAUUUAGCAAGAAUCAUGUAGCUGCAAGAGGAUUUGGGGGAGUGGGGUGCUAUGAAAGAAGAGCAAGCGAUCCCCUGAAGAAGGUGACCUGGGUGGGUGAGUAGUUAUUCUCUCCAGUGCUCAGAAAUAGAAAAGCCUUAAGAACUUGCACCCCAGGGACCUGGCAAGCACACCUUUGUUCAUUGCUUCCACUUCCACAAUAAAUCAAUCUUACUAAUAUAAUUUAUUACCUACCUUGUGCAAGAAACUGCGCAUAAAUAGAUUAAUAGUUUAAUACUCUUCAACUUCUGUGUUAGCUUUCUAUCACUAUGACAAAACACCUAAGACAAUCAGCUUAAAAUGAGGAAGGUUUAUUUUGGCUCAUAGUUGCAGAGAUUUCAGUCCAUGGUUGCUUCUUCCUUUUGCUUUGGGCCUAUGGCAGAAUAACACAUCAUGAUAGGAGCUUGUGACAAAGGAGAACUUUUCGUCUCAUGGUGGCCAGGAAGCAAAAAAAUAAUUGAGAAAAAAUGGGCUGGCAUGCCAAUAGCCCCUCCAGAGGCACACCCCCAAUGACCCAGCUUCUUCCCACUAGGCCCCACAUUUUAAAGAUGCCACCCCUCAAUAGCACCACAACCAGGCAACCAAGCAUUUGAUACAUGAACCUGUGGGGACACUUAAAUUCAAACCAUAGCAGUUCAUAUAAUUCUGUAUUGUUUGAUGCUAAUAUUCCUGGACCUGACUUGCUCUUUUUUUCACAUUUGAAGACUCAUAUCUCACCCAGGUUUUAAUUUUGAAUUUUUAUUAUUUUAUUUUUCUAAUAAGCAGAGAACCUUGGACUUAGGAUUUGCCCAGUGUGAUUUGAUCUUUAUUUCUUUUUUUAAUUUAUUUUUUGGAUCUUAUUGUUUUGGUCUUUAAUACUUUAUUAAAGACUGCUGGGUGGUUAGGGAGUUAGCUCAGUGGAACAGUGCUUGCCUAGCUUCCACAAGGGCCUGUGUUAAUCCCUAGGACUGAAAAAAGAAAAAAGGGACACUGGGGUUUCUGUUAUUACACUGGCAUAUAGAUGGAUAUAUUCCCUCUGUUUCUCCUUCCUCCUCUCUUCAUUCUUUGUUCUCCAUUAAUAAAUGUCAAUUGUCCCAUUAUUUGAAUGUAAGUAAUUUCUAUUAUUUUACUUAUUUAUUUUAAUUUUGGCAGUAUAUUUGCUGCAAUUGUUUGGGUUUAUAUCAGUACAAUCAACCAGCCUCACUGCUUCCUACCAGUUCUUAUCUGACAUUCUUAAGUUUCUACCUUAGGUUUAGUGUUUCCUUCCUAUUGGACUCAUCUUCAAGUAAUAUUUUUUUCCAGAGAGAAUAUGUAAUAUGCAUAAUUUCCAUUGUUUCCUUCCUAUUGGACUCAUCUUCAAGUAAUAUUUUUUUUUCAGAGAGAAUAUGUAGUAUGCAUAAUUUCCAUUGUCUUGCAACAUAUAUAACUUAAUUAAAAUUCUUGAGUCACAUGUUUUUCUUUCAAAGUUUUGUAAAUGGUAUGUCAUCAUCUCCCAGGGCAGCCUUUCCUAUAGAGUGUUCUAGGGAAAAUAAGAUGCAAGAAAUGGUUCUGGAAAAAGAGUUCCAUGGUCACAUAAGUUAGAGAAAUGUUGCAUUCUACUGGAAAUGUACCCCGCCAAGAAGUACAGUAGAGGCCAAGAGACAUCCUGAGGUAAGGAAGAUGGUCGAACUUUAUUUCCAGUGUGUCCACACUAUUUGAUCACAGUUAUAUUGAGAGAAAGCAAAUGGCCAGUAAUAUGAGACAGGUAACAUUUUUAACAUUCUUACUCACUUGGCAUUAUUCUAGGAUUCAGUCUAUGUAUAUCAACUAGUUUUAAUCCUCACACCAGCUCUAUCUGGUUGGUGGGAUUUUUCAACCUGUUUUAACAAAUGAGGAAACUGAGGCACAAAGAGCUGAAAAAAAAAAAAAAAAAAAACAAGCUAGAAAACAGUGGAGCCAAA